AUGUAUGACCAGAUAAUCCCGUUAACAAAAAAAAAUAUGCCACCUCCACAUCUUGAAUACCAACCCAUCGAUCACUCGAUCACCCAAAUCCGCGUCUUGACGAUCCACCCAGGCUCGUCCGACGAUCCAAUCUUAUGCUCCCUCACCCGCCACAGCCUGCAACAUGAAAACGACUACGAAGCCCUCUCCUACACUUGGGGGGAUCCAGCCCGCAAUUACUUGAUUUCCAUCGGCGCGGCCUCUCUGCCCGUCACCAAGUCAGCUCAUGAUGCUCUUCGCCACCUCAGACUCAAAGAUCGGGACCGCCGGAUCUGGAUCGACGCCAUCUGCAUCAACCAAGACGACAAUACAGAGAGGAAUCACCAGGUCGAGUACAUGGGACAAAUUUUUAAGGGCGCAUCCCGUGUUCUUGCAUGGCUGGGCCCAGCUGGUCCUGGGACUGACGAGGCCUUUGAGCUCAUUAGAGCUGUUUCUGCGAGGUCCCCCAUGAAGCCGGCUCUGGACGUGUGGCGCGCCAUUGAGCCUUUGACAGCCCUGAUGAACCGGCCUUUUUGGAGCAGAACAUGGAUUCUACAGGAGGUCAUUUGCCCAAAAAAGCGCCUCUUAUCGGAUGUGGGAACCAGUGGGAAGACUGGGAGACAUGGGCUGCUGCCAGCCCUCUGGCUAUGGGGGAGGAGCUUGAAGACGUCUUGA